AUGAGUUCAAGUGGCGGUGGUUUGGAAGGGGUUAUACAAAGGGGAAAGCUUAUAGUCCAUAUUGCCGAAAAUGGCCAUUCAUUUGAUCUCAAUUGUGACGAAUAUACCCUUGUUGAAGCUGUUCAAAGGUACCUCGAAUCACUUUCAGGGAUACCCUUAAACGACCAACUCCUUUUAUAUCUAGACAUGAAAUUAGAACCCCAACAACCACUUUCUGCAUACAAACUCCCUUCAGAUGAUGGAGAAGUGUUCUUGUUUAAUAGAGCCAAAAUGCGUACAAAUUCAAACCCACCACAACCAGUGCACCUCGAAGCACCUGAUCAUAUCCACCCAAACCCAGCAAAACCAUCAUCAUCAUCCCAUGAACCUCACCCAUUAGAUGAAGCUUCAGAUCCUGCCCUAAAAGCAUUACCUUCAUAUGAAAUACAAUUCAGGUACCAUUAUCAGCUAGGAGAUGCAAUUUACCGACGUACCCUUUUGAAAUAUGAAACCUGUGAGCGGCUUUCAAGGGAGCAAAGGGUACAAGAAAAGGCAUUGGAAAUUGCCAGGGGUAAUUUGGACCAUAUUUAUAAGAUGAUCCUCCAUAACUACAAUGAUUUUGUGAAACGUUAUUCGCAUCAGCAAAGGUCACAUUCGAAUCUUUUGGUGAACUUUUGGAGGGAUUUGGAGAGAUUAAGGAAUGUCAAACUUCUUCCUGCUUUACAGAGUGAUAAUCGCAGGUGUUUAUCGGAUUUUGUUAAGGAAGAAAGUUUGAGAAAAAUGGUGGAGGAUUGUGGUAAUUCUCACAGGCAGUUUGAGAUUAAAGUUGGUGACUUUAAGCAAGAAUUUAGAGAGCUAAAGGGUAGUACUGAACUUUUGUUCUCUAGUGAAGCUUCUAUUAUUAAUAGAGAUCUUGAAAGAACUAUCAAGGAGCAUAGACAAUAUAUAAAUGAGCAGAAAAGCAUAAUGCAAGGUUUAAGCAAAGAUGUCGCCAUGGUAAAGAAGCUCGUAGAUGAAUGUUUGACCAGUCAACUCUCCAGUUCCCUCCGACCCCACGAUGCUGUGUCAGCAUUGGGCCCCAUGUAUGAGGGCCAUGAAAAAAACCAUCUUCCAAAAAUGCAUUCAUGUGAGCGUGCUAUUUCAAACCUAUUUACAUUCUGCAAGGAAAAAAAAUCAGAAAUGAAUACUUUCGUACACGAAUACAUGCAAAAAAUUGCAUACAUUCAGUACACAAUAAGAGAUGUUAGGUACAAAUUUUCGGUUUUCAAUGAAGCAAUAAAUCGUCAAAAUGUUCAAUUUGAACAAUUAAAAAUUGUUCGUGGGAUAGGGCCCGCAUAUCGCGCGUGUCUUGCUGAAAUUGUAAGAAGAAAGGCAUCAAUGAAACUUUAUAUGGGAAUGGCUGGACAGCUGGCAGAAAGGCUUGCAAAUAAAAGGGAUUCUGAAGUUAGGAGACGUGAAGAAUUUAUUAAAAUUCAUAGUUUAUAUAUCCCGAGAGAUGUUUUAGCAUUAAUGGGGUUGUAUGAUAUGCCAAGUACAUGUGAUGUGAAUGUAGCCCCAUUUGAUGGGAAUUUACUAGAUCUUGAUAUUUCGGAUUUGGACCGUUUUGCCCCUGGGGAGUUAGGUGGGAUUUCUUUUAAAAGUUCUGUGGAUGGAAAUGAAGAGUGUGAUGAAUCUGAGGACUUUAUUGGGAUUUCCGGGACAAGUAAAAUGGAAGUUGAAAAUGCAAAGUUGAAAGCUGAACUUGCUUCUUGUAUAGCCAUGCUUUGUUUUUACCCCAUGGAUGUAGAAGCUGAAUGUUGGGACGAGGGUAAAAUGGACAUUUUACUUAAAGAUGGGGCGGAAAAGACGGCUGAGGCGUUACGUUUGAAAGAUGAAUACGGGAAACAGUUGGAAGCAAUUUUAAAAGAGAAACACAUUCAGUUUGAGUUGUAUGAAAAACGGAUAAAGGAAUUGGAAGGAAGGUUAUCUGAUGAGUAUUUAUUAGAAGAAAAUAAACUCGAUAAAAAUGAUUCCUUUUCAAUUGGGAAAUCUGAGAUUUCAGGUGAUGGGGAAGCUCAUAUGGAUGAGGGUUCAUAUGGUUAUAAUUCAUCGGGAAUCUUGAAUCCUCAUUUGGAUUCGUCCAUGCGGGACCCACAUCGGGAUGUGAAUGAAAAAGACGAGAAAGAGGAACAGGCGCCAGAUGUCGGGAUGCCAUUGGUUGGAAGUUCUACAGCUGACAACAUGGUACAACUUCCAAAAAAUGAGGGAGGUGAACAUGGGAAGAUUGGGGAUCGUGUGAUGGAAUUGCAGAAUCUUCUAGAAGAAAAGUCAAAUGAGUUGACUGAAGUCGAAGCUAAACUUCAGGCUGCAAUAGAGGAGGUAGGAACGCUUGGUCGGGAUUUGGAAAUUAGCCGGAAGCUUCUAGAUGAAUCUCAGAUGAAUUGUGCACAUUUAGAGAAUUGUCUUCAUGAAGCACGAGAAGAGGCUCAAACUCAUCUUUGUGCAGCCGAUAGAAGAGCAUCCGAGUAUAACGCAUUGCGUGGGUCCACCUUAAAAGUUCGCAGCCUUUUCGAACGUCUUAAAACAUGUGUCUCAGCAGGUGGCAUAGCUGGUUUUGCUGACUCACUCAAUUCUUUAGCUCAAUCUCUUGCCACUUCUGCAAACGAAAAUGGGGAUGAUGGUACUACUGAAUUCCGCGAAUGUGUUCACGUGCUCGCUAAAAAAGUCGGUAUUUUAACACGACAUCGAGCCGAGCUUAUUGACCGAUACACAAAAGCCGAGGCAUCUCACGAACAGCUUACAAAGGAGUUGGAAGAAAAGAAAGAACUGGUCAACACUUUAUACAUUAAACACCAAUCCGAAAAACAGGCUAACAAGGAAAAGAUAUCUUUUGGGCGUUUAGAGCUCCAUGAAAUUGCUGCAUUUGUGCUCGAUAAAUCCGGCUACUACACAGCAAUAAACAGGAACUGUAAUCAUUACUAUCUUUCUCAAGAAUCAGCCGCCUUGUAUGCCGACAACAGCCGCCAGCAGCCCCCCUACAUUGUGGGACAGAUUGUGCAUAUUGAGAGACAAAUUGUGAAGGAGGUUAAUAGUGGUGAUGGAAACCCGUAUGGUUUAGCAGUUGGGUGUGAGUUUUUUGUUGUCACGGUGGCGAUGUUGCCGGAAACCGCCGUUCCCCCGCCACCUGCCGCUGCUUCCUGAUCUAAAAUGUCCGGUGGAGAUAUGAUGGAAGAAAUGUGAAAGAUGCGGGAGGAAGUGUAUAUAUAUAUAUAUAUAUACUACUUGACUUGUUGAUGGAAAUUUUAUGUUUGAUCGCUUUCUCCCACUUAUUUGUAUAUAAAUUCUCUCUUUAUAUAAAAAACUUUGUAUAUAUUAUCU